CAUCCACUUACCUACUCCUUCACUUCUUGUCCUCCACCUUGGAAAAAAGGACUCAGCCAUGAAGAUCCUCAUCCUUGCCUGCCUGGUGGCUCUCGCUCUUGCAAGGGAGAAGGAAGAGCUCAAUGUAUCCAGUGAGACUGUAGAAAGCCUUUCAAGCAAUGAACCAGAUUCAAGCAGUGAGGAGAAACUUCAGAAGUUUAAACAUGAGGGACAGCAGCAAAGAGAGGUUGAACGCCAGGAUAAAAUCAGCCGCUUUGUCCAGCCACAGCCUGUAGUCUAUCCUUAUGCUGAGCCAGUCCCUUACGCUGUCGUUCCACAAAGCAUCCUGCCUCUGGCUCAGCCUCCUAUACUGCCUUUCCUUCAGCCCGAAAUAAUGGAAGUCUCCCAAGCUAAGGAGACCAUCCUUCCUAAGCGCAAAGUGAUGCCCUUCCUCAAAUCUCCAAUAGUGCCCUUUUCUGAACGCCAAAUCUUGAAUCCCACUAAUGGUGAAAAUCUGCGCCUUCCUGUGCAUCUGAUCCAGCCUUUCAUGCACCAGGUCCCCCAGUCUCUUCUUCAGACUCUGAUGCUUCCUUCUCAGCCUGUGCUAUCUCCUCCUCAGUCUAAAGUCGCACCUUUUCCUCAGCCUGUGGUGCCCUACCCUCAGAGAGAUACACCUGUCCAAGCUUUUCUGCUGUACCAGGACCCUCGACUUGGCCCCACUGGGGAGUUAGACCCUGCGACUCAACCAAUUGUUGCAGUUCACAACCCCGUUAUUGUCUAAGAAAAUUUCAAAGUUAAUGUUUUGUCCUCAUGUUUGAAUUGACUGCGACUGGAAAUGUGGCAUCUUUCCAAUCUGUGUAUCACUUACCAAAAAUUAAUAAUUUUUAAAUUAAUCUACAUGGAAAAAAUGAAAAUGCAUUCCUUUAUUUAUUUUAUGUAUUAUACAGCAUUCAUCUUAAUUUGAAUUUGACUCAUAAACUCAACAUUUUCCAAAUUUUAAUUCAACUAAUACUAUAGAAUUUCAAUUUUGAUUUGGAAAAACCAUAAACCUAUCAAAAAAAUGUAUAAAAAUAAUUUCUAGAAUUGUUCUUAUUAUUUUUUAAGAAUCUAUUUCCUAACCAGUCAUUUCAAUAAAUUAAUCCUUUAAGCAUA